CAGGGCCAGGGGUUCCCCUCCUAUUUAUACUUGGCAGCUGCCGCCGCCUGUUGCCUAUUUUUGGCCGUCCGUGGAGUUGUGUUUGUGCUGAGCUGGGUCUGUGUCCCAUAUGGAAGCCGAGCCCGGCAGAUCCUGAACGAGCUGACGGCUCCCGGGCCCCUGCGUUUUGUACAAGGAAUGAACCCCCCAGGGGCCGAGUGUUAUUUCGGGGCCGUCAUUUCGGGCUGUUCGAGCCUCCAGCCGUCCUACAGUGACAGUGGGGAAGACUCCCUGGACACCCUGCUCACCCGUUUGCCUCUCACGCCGUCUCUGUCUCCGCGGAAACGCACGACCAGCCAGAGCAAGACCGAGCCGCCGUUACUACGGACCAGCAAGAGGACCAUUUACACAGCCGGCCGGCCGCCAUGGUACAACGAGUCUGGGACCCCCUUCAAGGAGGCGUUUGUGAUCGGUCUGUGCGGUGGGAGCGCGUCGGGUAAAACCACGGUAGCCAAUAAGAUCAUCGAGGCCCUGGAUGUCCCGUGGGUUGUCCUCCUGUCCAUGGAUUGUUUCUAUAAGGUCCUCAGUAAGGAGCAGCAGGAGUUGGCCGCGAGGAAUGAGUAUAACUUUGAUCACCCCGACGCGUUUGACUUUGAUCUGCUGGUGAACGUCCUGCGCAAGCUGAAGAAGGGCAAGAGCGUGAAGGUGCCGGUGUACGACUUUACCACCCACAGUCGCAGGAAGGAGUGGAAAACGGUGUACGGCGCCAACGUGGUCAUAUUCGAAGGAAUUCUGGCUUUUGCCAACAAAGAGCUCCUGAAGCUCCUGGAUAUGAAGGUGUUUGUUGAUACCGACUCUGACAUCAGGUUGGUGCGCAGGCUGAAGCGUGACAUCACCGAACGAGGACGUGACAUCGUGGGUGUUAUCAAACAAUACAAUAAGUUUGUGAAGCCGGCGUUCGAGCAGUACAUAGAGCCCACGGUGCAGCUGGCGGACAUCGUGGUGCCCAGAGGAGGAGAGAACUUUGUGGCUUUGGAUCUAAUAGUUCAGCACGUACAUAGCCAGCUGGAGAAGAGGAUGCAGCGCUGGAACAUGGCAGCCUUGGCCUCAGCCCACCAAGGACAGCCGCUCCCAGACACUCUGAGUGUUCUGCCUGCGACCCCCCAGGUCCGAGGAAUGCACACCAUUAUCAGGAACAAGGACACAAAUCGCGAUGAAUUUAUCUUUUACUCCAAGCGUCUCAUGCGUCUCCUGAUAGAGCAUGCGCUCUCCUUCCUGCCUCUCAGCCCGGUGACUGUAGAGACACCUCAGGGAACGUUAUACCAGGGGAAGAAAUUCCACCGGCAGAGGAUCACGGGGGUCUCUAUCCUGCGAGCGGGAGAGACCAUGGAGCAGGCCCUCACCGCCGUGUGUAAGGACAUCCGCCUCGGGAAGAUCCUCAUACAGACCAAUCACAACACGGGGGAGCCGGAGCUGCAUUACCUGCGCCUACCGAAGGAGAUCAGCGAGGACUACGUUAUUCUGAUGGACAGCACCGUGUCCACCGGAGCGGCCGCCAUGAUGGCGAUUCGGGUUCUGCUGGACCACGACGUUCAGGAGGAUAAGAUCUUCCUGCUGUCGCUGCUGAUGGCGGAGAUGGGCGUACAUUCGGUGGCCUACGCGUUUCCACGGGUACGCAUCAUCACCACGGCCGUGGACAAGCGGGUCAACCAGGAAUUUCACAUCAUCCCUGGGAUCGGUAAUUUUGGGGACCGGUUUUUUGGCACCGAUGCCCCCUCUGACUGGUAUGAGAAUGGCGACUGCUGUAUGGAUUGCUGACUUCCUGUCAUGUGACGAUGUCCCUCCGGCCAGUAUUUAUUCUCUCCCGCCCUUUACUGGCGUGAAGGGGUUAAUUCUUGCGUCUAUUUAUUGCCCGGCUGGCGUUUCAUUCCCUUGAGGUUGGGGCAGGGUGAUGCAGGAUGUUUGGGGUAAAUUAUUGGGCUGCAGAAGAGUCCGGGGGAAUCUACGUUCUCUGCGCGGCGCCCGGAUCUCAGAUCGCUAAUCACCGGGUUUCCAUUUUUCUGUAAAAAAAAAAAAAAUAAAGUGUUUUUAAA